AUGUUGCACGAAGUUCAAGAUACAGGUUACCGCAACAGCCAGACAGACGUCGCGGACGAUGAAGGGAGCACAGCAGCCGCUCUCGCCAAGCGUGCACAAGCAGGAGUUGUAAGCAAUGUAGAGCUGAUAAAGCCCAUGCUGCGCGAGUGUGGGGCAAGUUUUGAGACAAAUCUUGGGGAGGCGAAACGCACUUCAUCGCGGUCGGAAAAAUCGAGCUACGAGCACAGAAGGCGUGUGACUGGCUGCAGGGUAGUCUCGUGA